AUGCUCUACAAGAUAUGGCUACUCGAAGAGCUAGCUUAUGAUAGAAAGAAUGUAAGGGAGAAUGUGGAACAAGAAGCUCCUCAUCAAGCUCCGGUAGAUCCUUUGGUCGAGCAAGUGACUAAUGCGGAGUUUAGGGCUGCUUUUCAAGUAUUUGCCCAAGCCAUGACGGUCCAAGCCAAUACGGAGGUUAUGGUCCCCGUGAACCCAAAUAUGGGUACGAUGGCAUCCGGAGUGAGGGAAUUUACUAGAAUGAAUCCCCCAGAGUUCUAUGAUUCUGAAGUUGAGGAAGAUCCUCAAGAAUUCAUUGACGAGGUUUACAAGGUGUUGAUGCUCAUGGGAGUGACACCGAUUUUUAGCCAGUUAGAAUUUGGGUUUGACGCUAGGGCUAAGGAGAAAGGAGAAGAAGAAGCAAGAACAUUCAAGAUCGUUGAAGUUUGGCUUGUGGAAUUCGUCGGGGGUGAUCCCUACAAGUAUAUACAUCCUCAAGUAGAACAAGAUGAAAAUGAUAGGCUGAAUGCAAUACCACAGGAUGAGGAAAUCAGAAAUGUAGUAUUUGAGCUUAAUGCUGAGAGUGCUUGUGGACCAGAUGGAUUUACAGGUCACUUUUACCAAACUUGUUGGGAUAUUGUGGGUUCAGAUAUUGUGAAAGUGUGGUUGGAAGGGAUAUUACCAAAACUGAUAUCUCCUAAUCAAUCAGGAUUUGUGAAAGGGAGAAAUAUCACUAAAAAUGUGUUAUUGGCACAAGAAGUAAUUUCAGAGAUCAGAAAAAGAGGGAAGCCUGCUAAUGUGGUCAUCAAGUUAGACAUGGCUAAAACUUAUGAUAGGGUUGAUAGGAGGUUUCUGAUUAGUGUAUUGGAGAAAAUGGGCUUUGAUAACAGGAUGUUAGAUAUGAUUUGGAGGCUGGUAGCCAAUAAUUGGUACUCUGUACUUGUUAAUGGGCAAGCUCAUGGCUUCUUUCACUCCACGAGAGGGGUAAAGCAAUGGGAUCCUUUAUCUCCUGCUCUUUUUAUAUUAUCAGCAGAAGUAUUAACUAAGGCUCUUAAUCAACUGUAUUACAACUAUGAGUUUAAGAGCUUUGGUUUACCAAAAUGGAGUGAUCAACUAAAUCAUCUUGCUUAUGCAAAUGAUACCAUCAUAUUCACAUCUGUUGAUAAAAAAUCUCUGCAAUUAAUCAUGGACACUCUACAGCUAUAUGAAGCUCAAUCAUGCCAACUUAUUAAUAAAGGCAAGAGUUUAUUUUACAUGUUCAACAAGACUGCACAGGCCAUAGUUCAGGAAGUGGAGGAUACUACUGGAUUUAUGAGGGGAAGUUUUCCAUUGACUUAUCUUGGUUGUCCAAUUGGACAUGCUAAGAAGAAGAAGGUCCAUUACUCAGAACUAAUCAAGAAGAUUCAAUGCAAAUUGCAGGUAUGGAAGGGAAGGCUGCUGUCGUUUGGAGGAAAAGCAGUGUUGAUUAAUCAUGUAUUGCAAAGUAUUCCUAUAUACUUGCUAUCUGUUGUUUGUCCACCAAAAUGUGUUAUACAUGAUAUACAUAGGAUUUUUGCUAAAUUCCUAUGGAAUUCUAAGGAAGAGGGAAGGGCUAAACACUGGAUUGCUUGGAAUGACAUAUGUUUACCAAAGGAAGAAGGGGGGCUUGGUUUUAGAUCCCUAUUUGAUGUUACAAAAGCACUCUUUGCUAAAUUAUGGUGGAAGUUUAGAACAACUAACACAAUGUGGUCUAACUUUAUAUGGAACAAGUACUGUAAAAGACAUAGGCCACAAGUGGUAGAAUGGAGAGGGGGCUCUCAGGUAUGGAAACUUAUGCUACAGGCAAGAGAUUUCAUGGACCAGGAGAUUUGGUGGGAACCCAGAAAUGGUCAGUGUAGUGUUUGGUUUGAUAAUUGGACACAGUUGGGGGCACUACACUACUACUUGCCUAUUAACCAUGAUCAUGGUCAAUUAGAGGAGGUGCAACAACUAAUGCUUGUGGAGGGAUGGAAUAACAAUUUGCUACAUGAGAACUUAUCAGAAGAAGUGAGUAAUCACAUUACUUCAAAUCUAGGCAGAAUACAGAGAUCUGAUGAGAGUGACAAGGCAUGGUGGAUGCCUACUGGCACAGGUAAAUUCUCUGUUGGUAGUGCUUGGGAGUUAAUGAGAAGGAAAAAUGAUAGGGUUGAUAAGAUCAUGUAUAUAUGGGAGAAAGGUUUGCCUUUUAAAAUCUCCUUUUUGUUAUGGAGACUGUGGCAUAUGAGGAUUCCAAUAGGAGAGGUGCUGGUGAGAAUGAGAAUUGUCAACUCUGUAAAGUGUUGUAGCUGCAACAACAAUGCAGAGGAGACAUGUGAUCAUCUUUUUAUUCAAUGCCCCACAACAUACUGUUUAUGGAGACACUUUGCAGAGGCUGCAGGUAUUCAAGGCCCAAUGGUUCAACUAAGACAGGUGAUAAGAUUAUGGUGGGAAGCUGAGUGUGGAAGCAAGUUGAAACCAAUGUUACAUGUGGUUCCCAUUUUCAUUAUUUGGCAAUUAUGGAAGAGAAGGAAUAUUGUUAAGCAUGGAGGAUGUAUGUCUACUCAUAACAUGAUUAUGGAGAUUAACAAUAAUUUGUAUCUAUUUGCCAAAAAUAGAUAUCCUUGGCUGCAAAACCUCCCAAAUACAUGGCCUAUGAUAGUUAAAUUAUUGGAGGAAUACUCACCACUAGUAUGUUGUAGAGUAGUGUAUUGGGUGCAUCCACCAUUAGGAAGAUAUAAAUGCAACACUGAUGGCACUAGUAAAGGGAACACUGGGCCUAGUUCUACAGCUUUUUGUAUUCGAAAUGGAGAUGGCAAUUUUAUCUUUGCAGAAGCUAGUAUUAUCGAAGCAUGCUAUGCUAUAGUUGCAGAAGUGAAGGCAUUCAAGGCAGGAUUGAAGUAUUGUAUAGAGAAUGAUUUGCUACCUAUAAUCAUGGAAACUAACUCAUUGAUUAUUAAAAAAGUACUGGACGGAAUAUGGGACGUUCCAUGGGCAAUCUCAGUUGACAUACAAUGCAUAAAAUUAUGGAUGGAGCAAGCAGAGGUGGAGGUGGUUCACACAUUUAGGGAAGGAAACCGAUUGGCCGAUUAUUUAGCUAACCACAUUGUUCAUUUUGCAGGGAAAGCGGAGUCGAAAAUACCUCUUGGAAAUGGAUCUCUUCGCAGUGGUAUCAGUUCUUCGGAGCUCAUUCUGCAUAGAGGGAAAGAUACAAGAGUAUAUAUCGCCUUGGCUGAUUCUAAGAUGAAGAUUGCUGGGUCAUGGUUAAGUGUAGAUGUGGAAUUCACUCAAGCUCAACAAUACUGGUUCAAUAACAAGAAGACGAAUUUGGGGCCAGUUCGGAGGAACAUUGAUGACAAAUCUGGAAGGAGAAGUGUUCUUGGGACUCUGUUUUAG